AGAUGUGAAAAAAUUUACUAAACAUUCAAACUCCAGCCUCGGAUUCGAUCAUGUUUACGUUAUCAGUUCCUCUGAUCAAACAAAUAAACGUGAUAGAAUGAAAAAAAUAGCAAAUAAAAUAGGCUUAGAGUUUGAAUUCUUUCCCGCUAUUUCUCCCGAAGAUACCAAUAUUAUCGACGAAUUCAAAUUUGACGAUGAAUUAGAUCAAUAUCAUAAAGCUUCUUAUAUCAAUCAUUAUAAAAUUUAUCAAUUAAUCGAUCUGAGUGGUUAUGAAGAUGCAUUAAUUUUAGAUGAUAAUUUAGAUUUUGAACUUAACAUUACAUCAAUAAUGUCAAAUAUUCACAAAAUUUUACCCGCUGAUUGGGAGAUUCUGCACCUUACUUUUUGUAAUAGUCAAGAGGGCGUACAUAGUAAACCAAUAUGGGAUGCAAAAAAUGAUUCACCUGAUUAUCAAUUAUUUAAAUCUAAGAAGACAUAUUGUGCAAAUGCAUAUGCUGUUUCAUCUUCUGGC